GAUGGCAGGGAAGCUUUCAGUUGUUGAUAAAAAGCAGUUAGAGAGAUUCAUACAGGCCGGACCUAAGGACUUCAAGCUGCUGUUCAGUUUUACCAGGAACGGUGCAGAUGCAAACGUCUUCCAUCAGAAUUGUGACAAUAAAGGCCCAACCGUAACCGUCGUUUUCAAUACUCAGGGUUCAGUCUAUGGCGGUUAUACUGAGAAAAGUUGGAAGUCGGAUGGUGGAUUGUAUUACAGGGACGAGCACGCCAUUCUAUUCCGUCUGCAGCAAAAUGGAAAGAGUGUCCCGGUGAAGUUCUCUGUAAAAAAGCCAGAUAAAGCCAUUUACUGUUCGGAGUCAAAUGGCCCAAUAUUUGGAGGUGGUCAUGAUUUGAAUACAUUCAGCGGUACAGUAACCUUUCAGAAUGGCCAGUACACUACGAAUGCUAGUUACAAUUUCGGAUAUUCGUACGACAUGGGUGGAAUUUCAACAGACCAGUUAACAAACAAUAUAAAAACCGUCACAGACUUAGAGGUCUACAGCGUAACUGAUUCGCCCCUAGUGCCUAUUUGGAGGGAGAUAGAAGGUUGGGAACACGAGGAUCUACAGAAACUUAAAGAUGAAAUUGAUACCUGGUCGCCAUGUUAUGGGGUAGAACUAAAGUCAGCAAACAUUCUCUUACUUGGACCAGUUGGAGCCGGAAAGUCAAGUUUCUUCAACACAAUUGCUUCAGUAUUCCGAGGUCAUGUGACAGGACAGGCUGUGUGUGGCAGUGCUGAGCAGAGCAUUACAUCGAAGUAUCGAAUGUAUAGUGUUCGAGGUUCAGCUGUGACCAAGCCUAUGAAAUUUAAAUUGUGUGAUACCAGAGGAAUAGAAGAAAACCAAGGCAUCGACGGGACGGACCUAAACUAUCUUCUAGAGGGCAAUGUGCCAAACGGUUACCAGUUCAAUCCAUCUACCCCCAUAUCGCCUGACAUAUCAGGAUUUAAUUCAAAACCAACAUUGAACGACAAGAUUCACUGUGUAUGCUUUAUCAUCGAUGGAAGCACAGCCACUGUCAUGUCAGAGAAAAUGUUAGAGAAAAUCAAAUCUCUGCAAAGUAAAGUUCGACAGAAAGGUUUGCCCCAAAUAGUUCUAGUAACAAAAAUUGACAAAGUGUGUUCCCAUGUGGACGAGAAUGUGUCUAAGGUAUUUCAAAGUACGGCUAUUCAAGAACUAGUUGAUAAAGUUUCAGACAUGCUUGGUGUGCCCAGAAGUCACGUGCUGCCCAUGAAAAAUUAUGAGAAGGAAAUAAACGUCAGAAUUGACGUCAGCUUACUGGCACUACUUUCACUGCGACAGAUUCUUCGCGCAACCGAAGAUUUCAUGUUUAAUCUUCUGGAUCUCAUGGAAAACGAAAAGAAGGACUCGGAAUCUUUAGAAUGAAAAAUAUUCGCUUAUA